GCCUGCACUCGGAUCGCAUGCUGGAGUUGCAGGGGCACAAGCUGGUCAACUGCGUUGCGGAAGAGGAUGAGAAGAGCAGGGCGGUGGAGAAGGAUGAUGUGAAGGACUACAUGCCCUGGGCCAUCCUCUCCACCUUCUUUUGCCCGAUCCUGGGCGGCGUUAGCAUCUACCAGUCCACGCAGGUGAAGGCCUACCAGAAGAAGAAGGAUUACAAAAAGGCCCGAGCGGCUUCAAGGCGCACAACUGUUUGGGGCCUCUAUGCUCUCAUGCUGGGUGUCGUGAUCAUUGGAUCGUUCACCACCAUCUACAUCACCAAUGGCCGGGUGAGGGCCGAUGUAGGGGGUGACGAUGGCGACGAUGGAGACGAUGGAGGGUAUGGCGAUGCCGCCGACGGUGACGCUACAGAUGUAACCGAGUAG